AUGGCUCUGAAAUAUGUACUGGUGAUCUUCAUAAGUGUUCAUUUACAGCUAUUUACUACUGAAGGUAAUGUAAGCGUGAUAUGGGGCUUUAUUCGGUGGCGUAAUCGUCAGAACAACAAGCGCCUUUCACUUCUGAGAUCGUGGGUUUGAUGCUCAUUGUGGACUCGUGUAACACUCAUGCAUGUGAAAUGAGUCAACGCUCUACUGAAAGUCCUGGGUUUUCUCUCGGUAGUCCGGUUUCCUCCCACAGGGAAUGUUGACAGAUGGGUUGGGAUUAGCCCCUAACUGACCCCUCCACCGUAACUGUACUCCGUGAUCAGACAUGAGUCAUAAGGCAGCCUUACUGUCGAUGCAAUAUUGCAAUGGAAGUGUUAUAAAAUAUUGCAUGAAUGCAUUUCCUCAAGUUGAUCAAUUCAUACGAAUUCAAAUUUCUUUUUACUUCCUGUGCGUUUCCUAUUGGUCAAUCGGUUCUGAAACGAAAUCUAUCAAAUGAAUUGAUCAACUUGAGGAAAGGAAUUGGUGCAAUAUUUUAUCAACACUUCCAUUGCAUCGACAGUAAAACCCUUUACAUGUAACUCGAUCAGGUUGAGCUUGAAGUCUUAGCUGCAAGUAAGGAUGAUUAGCACCCCCUCCUACUUUCCUGUAUAUGGUGCUACACAUGGUAGUGAACUUCGAAUGUAUUGACAAUUUAUACUGUAUCAUGGAAGUGAUUGAUUUACUUCUACCAUAGCUGUGCAGGAGAUCUGGGAGAAAUGCAGCUUAUCUUGUGGCGGAGGUGUCCAAAGAAAGAAAGGAAUGAAAAAUGUGACCAGAAUGUGUAACCUCCUCAACUGUCCAGGUGAGAAUAGAGAUCUUGCUCUUUGCUUCUUUCAAAGUGUUGUCCCUCAACGUUGAGUUGUUCAGCAUGGUUCAUACAUGCAUUGGACUCCAAUGAUCGAGGUUCAGCAUGGUCCAUGCAUGCAUUGGACUCCAUAGAUAGAGUUAGUAAAAUGGUCAUCAAUAUUGGCUGUUUUAAAGUAAUUCGAUGUUGUAUAGAACUCACUGCUGAGUUAAGCAUGGUUGGAUCAUACAGAGGUAAGACAUGUUCUUGAAUGUGAGCUACUUUAAAGAGAUCUGAUCUUGUACAGGACUCACUGUUGAGUUAAACAUGGUUAGAUCAUGCAGAGGUAGUGUGAACGUAAACUACCUUAAAGUAAUCUGAUGCUGUACAUAACUCACUGAUGAGUUAAGCCAUAUAAUAGCAUAGUUGGAUAACAGAGAGGUAAUAGUGCAUGUUCUUGAAUGUGGGCUACCCUAAAGUGAUCUGAUGUUGUACAAAACUCACUGCUGAGUUAAGCAUGGUUAGAUCAUUUAAAGGUAGUACAUGUUCUGGAAUGUGUAGAGCUAUCUUAAAAUGAUCUGAGGUUAUACAGGACUCAUGCGAGUUGAGUCUGUUUUGAUGUGUAUUCGUGGUGGCUUGGCCUGUUGGUUUCUGCUUUUCACAGUUACACCUGAUAGUUUUUGUCAUUUAAGGUGACGCGGGGUGUUUAAGUGUACACUAUACAUUCGAUACGUUGAUGGAUGGCCGCGCGUACGACACUUCAAACAAUGCCAACCACGGGACAAUAGCUGGUACAGCGAAACUUGAAAACAACGGAAAGUUUGCCAAAUGUCUACACUUGCCAAAACACUCCAACGUCUCACUUGGAGCAAAAGGCUUUCACAAUCGACCAAGUUCUGCUAUUACUGUUGCAUUAUGGGUAAAGACGACGUCAUCAACUGGCAAACAUGAACUCUUUCAUACGUGCGCAUCGGAUGUAGCCAAUGGGAAAGCGCAAUUUCAUUUUGAAAUCAAUGAUGGGAAAGUUCGUUGGCUUCACAGAGAUCAUAUGGAAAGGACUGUGUUUAACGUUAUAUCAGGUAUUAAAAUCAUAUCGGGUAUUAAAAUCAUAUCAGGCUAGUGGUUCGUUCUUUCUUGUGUUUAUCACCUUACAAUGUCUCAAUUUUUCUCUAAUUAGAAUCAAGCGUUCCAACGGAUACCUGGACUCAUAUUGCAGGGACGUAUCGUACUUCCACAAGAGUGGCAAAAAUUUACAUCAACGGAGAAAAUGGAAAACUAAGUACUAAUUCACAGUUACAAAAAUUCGGUAAAAACGCAAGGGUGGACGCCCUCUCCCCUGACUGGGGUUGUGCUAACAUUGGAGACUAUAGGAACGAGCGACCGUUAGAUGGAUACAUAGAUGACUUCUUUAUAUUUAAAUGUGAACUUAUGGCUGUUGAAAUUACGGAUCUGUACCAGAGUGGAUCAUUUAAAAGACAUGGAAUACCUGUGCCUUAA